CUUUUAAUGAGAGGUUCCGAACUUUUUGAAACAUCUUGGCAUUAUUUAUUUUGUCUCCAUGCAUACUGUCAUUUGAAUCAAAACAAACUCGCCGCUUCUCGCUGUGUGUAAACAAGUUUCGCCAAAAAAGCUUUGCCGCUGAACAGAGUUCUGUGAAAUAAACUGCGUCUGGAGUGUGGAUCACCAUGGAUGCAGCGGUUUCUUCCAGCACCGAUCGCAGCCUGCAGCAGAAUCCGGCCGUUCGGCGUCGGCAGAUGCGGCAGAAGGUGUUGAACCGCAUCCGGAAGGUCAACAUCAAAAACAAGGGGCUGAAGAGUUUCUACUAUUUUACCUACGAAACCGUGGCGGUGGAUGGCAGGAACAAAUCGGGAACCACCGCAUCCACCUACUUUUUCAAUGGGGAACCGUGCGAGGGGGAUGAGCAGUUCCUGAAGCAAAUGAAACGUAGCGUAUUCGUAACCAACGUUGCCGCCGGAACGAGAAAAUCGGAAAUCAAGGAACUGUUCGACCGCUACGGCAAAAUCGAAAGUAUCCAACUGAAGUCGCGAAAUGGUGAAACGAUCGUAGGAAGACAGCACAUUUCCCCGUACAGUCCCAUCGUGGCCAUCGUUAAGUUCAGCAAAAAGGAAGAAGCCGAACGCGCUUGCGAAACGAAGGAUGGCAAAUUCCAGGCGAAGUUGGUCGAUGCUCGGUCCAAUUAUGAAAAAGAAAACUGUAUUCGUGUUGAGAACGUAGAUCCUAAGGUUACGAAAAUGGAGCUAAGGGAGCAUUACGGCGCUUGUGGAACUAUUCUUGGAAUUUCGCUGGAAACGAAUGACGGUUCCUUGAUACUUACGGACAAGGAGUAUCAAAAGCUGAGCUUUGUUUGCUGCUACAUUCGCUUCAGUCGUAGGAGCGAGGCCAAGGUGGCACGGGAAAUGCACGAGUACAUAUUCCGGGAGAGGAAGCUCCGAGUGGAGUUGGCCUACCAGAAGCACUGCGAUCCAAACAAACUGAGCAACAACGUUUUGCGAAUGUUUUUCCAGAACGUCGGUAAUGUGGUCGCCCUGGACCAGAUUCCGCACCAGCACAUGGGUUACGUGUGCUACAAAAAUCCUCUUGCGCCGGAAACGAUCAAACGGCUGAAUCAGCGCGUCUACCGCAACAAGAGAAUCCACUUUGAAAAGCUAGACAUCGGAAAUCUGGUCAAGAAGCAGCAGACCAAGUCUGGCGGCGAUGCCAUGGACAUUGGCACCAGCAGUAUUCAGGAUGGCGGAGCCAUGACUUCCACGCCGAAUGCCUCAGCUUCGACGUCCUCGGGAGCAGGAUCCGUGCCGAAGAAGGCAAAAACGAAGAACUUGCAGAAAAAGAUGGCCAACACCAGCGGGGCAGCUGCUGCAACGCCAGGAGCAGCCCCGAAGAAGAAGAUGCCCAGAAAGAGCGCAGGAACUGCGACAAAGGCAAAAGCAACCGAGAAGGCCACCAAGACUGCAAAAGAGGAGAUGUCGUAAUGAUAAGCUUGAAUCGAAUGUAGAUUUAACAUGAUAUUUGCAUUAAAUUGUGUCGUAUUUAUGACAAUGCAAUACA